CAAUACGAACUGAAUUAAUAACAGGAAAGAUUAUACUUAUAUAAAUUUAAUUUAAUACGUUUGUUUAGUUUUAUUCCCACUAGAGUUACUUUUUAUCCGCCAUUUUGGAUUUAAUCAACCAACAUUUGACUUUACCGAUUUUACCAACAUGCAGUAUAGCCAACAUAAAUGUAAUAUGAUGGCAGUUGUUUAAGACGGAAUUAUUAAUAAGUGACUUUUGUAGAUAGAAACAAAUAUUGUCGUAAAAAAAUUUUAACUCUAACGCAAGUAUUAUGAUUUAUCACGUGAAUUGAAACUAUAUAUAUAUUCGGUAGAAUCAUCGUAGUGUUUCUCGAUUAGUUCUGCAAAAUGCCCUUUUUGAAAUGUUUAAAAAUUUCUUCUAGUAAAGAGCAAUCGGAAAGAACCAAAAGAAAUGGAUUACGGUUUUCGAUAUAUAGUUCAUAUAAGAAAGUUCUUUUCAAGGGACAUUAUAAAGGCGAAUGGAAGGACGAUAGAAAACACGGCAAGGGUAUAGACAUAGACAGAAAUGGUUGGAUGUACGAAGGUGAUUGGUUUUGUGGACGAAAACACGGUUAUGGAGUAUUGAGUAAAAUCUCAAAGGACGGUAGUAUUCGUAAAAUAUAUGCGGGUAAUUGGAUGAUGGGAAAAAAGGAAGGUUUUGGUAAUCAUUGGUACGAUAAUGGCGAUUAUUAUGAAGGGGACUUUCAAUGUAACAAACGUCAUGGUUAUGGCCGUAUUUGGUACAAAAAUUCCGAUUAUUACCAAGGCUUUUGGAAAAAUGAUUUUCCGAAUGGCAAAGGAAUAUUCGUUGAAGGAAAUGGAAAUCGGUACGAGGGAACUUUCGUCGAUGGCAAAAGAAAUAAAUUCGGUACAUUUUAUCAUUUAGACACCGGCCAAUGUCAAUACGGUUAUUGGUGCAACGAUUCUUGCAUUCAUAGCAUAAUGCGAGAUAUUAAUUGGCGACAAUCGGCGUUACAUCCAACACCAUAUCCCAUACCGGAAAUAAAAAUGUCGACCAUUUGUUAUUGACAUUCGAUUUAAUUUAUUUUUUUUUUUAAUCGUUAAUCGUAAUCAACGAAUUAUCGAUUGUUAAAUAAUGAUGAUUUUUUUUUUUACAUAAUAACAAGCAAAACUUCUUUCAUAUAAUUUUGUAUUUUCAUUAUACGUGCGAGGAAUAUCGUGUUUUCCCAUUUAGAAACUUUGUUCUUCGAUUGCUCUUCGUAUAAUCACGAAACGUCCUUCCUUUUGCGUUAUGCCAUUAACUAGUUUGAAGUUGUAUUAAAGCUAUCGUUACGAGUAGUAACUCCCAUGAUUUUCCGCAUGUGCUUCAUUAAAAUGAAGAAUAAACAUUUCCAAACAUG